ACAUGGGUAUUUGUUUUCGUAGGCGUAAACAUGGCUGCAGUUUUGGAUAUCAGGCUGAAGAAAGUGAACAAAGUUUAUCGGCAAGGGGAUAUGGUGUCUGGUGUUGUCGUCAUUCAAAGUAGAGGGGAAUUGUCACAUCAAGGCGUCGUCCUGACGAUGGAGGGAUCGACGAACCUGCAGCUGAGCGCUAAGAGCGUCGGCGUCUUCGAGGCGUUCUACAACUCCCUGAAGCCGAUCCAGAUCCUCCACUGCACGCUCGAGCUCGCCAAGCCGGGAAAAUUCCCGUCCGGCGACACGGAGAUCCCAUUCGAGUUCCCGCUGCGUCCGAAGACGAACAAGACGCUUUACGAGACGUACCACGGCGUGUUCGUGAACAUCCAGUACGUUCUGCGCUGCGAGAUGAAGCGCCCCCUGCUGGCGAAGGACCUCCUGAAGACGUGCGAGUUCAUCGUGGAGUACCGCGACGACGACGACUCGACGGCGGCGGCGGCGGCCGCGCAGCAGCAGCAGCAGGGGGCGCCGCUGUCGUUCACGAUCACGCCGGAGUCUCUGCGUAACGUCGGUGAGCGGGAGCGCGCCGCGAUCCCCGGGUUCGCCGUACGAGGACGCCUCGACUCGACGACGUGCCGCGUGACGCGCCCGCUCACCGGGGAGCUCGUCGUCGAACGCUCCGAGGCGCCGAUCAAGUCGAUCGAGCUGCAGCUGGUGCGGGUCGAAACGUGCGGCUGCGCGGAGGGUUACGCGAAGGACGCGACCGAGAUUCAGAACAUACAGAUCGGAGAGGGCGACGUGUGUCGCGGCGUCGCCGUGCCGAUCCACAUGGUGUUCCCGCGGCUGUUCACCUGCCCGACGCUGUCGACGAACAACUUCAAGGUCGAGUUUGAGGUCAACCUCGUCAUCAUCUUCCAGGACGAUCGGCUCGUGACGGAGAACUUUCCCGUGAAACUGACGCGGUUCUAGACGUCGCCGGGGGUUCGGACGCCGAGGGAGCGCGGGCGUGGUGGGAUGCCGCGUCGUAUCGCACGUGAAAAAAUUCGUUAGUGUCGCGCAUGAGAAUUGCGUAAAUAUUGCAUAAAGGUUGCGUAAAAAUUGCGUAAAUAUUGCGUAAAAAUUGCGUAAAUAUUGCGUAAAGAUUGCGUAAAUAUUGCGUAAAAGUUGUGCCGCUGUGUUCGAUGAUGUUAAUAGUUGAUUCUGUGCCGGUGUUGCACGUUGCUUUGUGCGCGUUUGUUUCCUUGAGAGGUCUUUGCUCCCUCUCGUCAUUUUGUGAUCGAGUGUGUCUCGGAGUUUUGUCGUCACGCUUGUAGAGGAACGUGGUAAAUGUAGAUCUAUUUAUACAUAUCA